AUGCUCGGUUUAAAGGCCACCAUGGUCAGUGCAGCGCCCCCACACACCGCAGUUGCACUCUGGUGCUCAACAGCCUGUGUACAUUCCACAGGCCAUCAUCGACAACUCGGGUGCGUUGGUCGCCGAAUGCGUCAACGUGCUCAAGACCAAGACCGGUCACGGCAUGGCUCGGAUAGGUGCGCCCUACUCGCUCUUGUGCCCUGUUCCCCACUGCCUCGCUGACCCACUCUACUCCCCCACCCACCAGGUGACGAAAUCGUCGUCGUCGUCAAACGAGCACGGCCGAUUUCCGCCGCUCUCUCAGCCUCCUCCUCCUCGGCCGCCCAAAAAGUCCGACGUGGAGACGUCCGUCGAGCAGUGGUCGUCAGGACCAAAUACCCUACCCGCAGACCGGACGGGAGGUACGUUCGCUUCGACGACAAUGCCGCCGUGUUGGUCAAUGCCAAGAAGGAGAUGAUUGGGAACAGGAUCGGUGGCGUGGUCGCGGCCGAGUUGAGGAAGGCGGGGUGGGGAAAAAUUGUUUCUCUAGGUCAGUUUGGAUCGGCACUUUGUGGUCGUGUCGGGGCUGAGCGCUGACUUGAUGGUUCGCUCGUAUUGGAACAGCACCCAAGGUUGUUUGA